CCUCAAACUCAUGGCAGUCCUCCUGCCUCGACCUCCUAGUGCAGGUGUGUGCCAGCAUGCCUGGCUUGAUAAAUGUUAUCUUAAUUUACAACUUGGAUGAAAAUAUAUCACCAGCUUUAAAGGCAUCUGUUAUUAACUCACUGUUAGGCCAUGUGAACAAAAAUUUUGGGCUAUCACGAGUGUCUAUCUAAGAAGAGCUUACAGAGAAAAAUAUAUAUGUAUAUUUAGAGAAAGAGUCGGCCAAAAAAAUUACAUACACUUCAGCAGUUCACCGUACUAAUAAAUCUCUGGAAGUUUGUGGACACCACUUUGAGCACCUCUUGUAAUUGUAGAGGCCGAAGGUAACUGGUAUUGAUCUCAUGUCUCAAUAUAUUUAGUAUUAAAAUAUUUUUGUUUUUCUUUUCCUGAUAUAUACGUGUUUUGAUGGACUCUAUACAUAUGUAUCUAAAAGUAGGGCCCAAGAUUUACCUCAGUGGUGCCACUGCCUGCCUUGCAAGUGCAAGUUCUUGAGUUCAAUCCCCAGUACCAAUAAUAAUAAUCAAAGCUAACACAGAAACACAUCUUCACCUAAAUCACGUAAAAGCUUUAUGCUAUCAAGUUUUAAGGCCUUUACUGUAAGUUCUGUGUAAACCUCAAGCUUAUCCUGCAAUGUUUUCAGUUUGAAAAACAAUACUACAAAUGGUUUUCCACGGGAAGCCCAAAAAAGUAAAUAAAGGCAAAAAAUAAAAAUUGUCAGGGCUGGGGAUUUAGCUCAGUGGUGCUGCCACCUGACUUGAAAGGGCAAGGACCAGAGUUCAAUCCUGGGUACCCCAAAAACAACUAUAUUGAAGUGCACUGUUAGACGUACUGGUAUGCUCAAAAUAAUAUGUUAUAGUUGUAGGUUUAUAAGUAGACUAGGCAUUUAGAAUCCCCCAGGGGUUCUCAGCAAUCCUGGUUCUCAGCAAUCCUUUUCUCCGUAAGUCACAACAGGAUUUAAUACUUUAGCACUCUGAGGACCUUUGCUAGCACUGUAGAAAUCAAGCGUCCGGGUGCUUUCUCUUAUUUUCUACCACCAGAGUUUGCAGCCGCUGCCCGUCUAAACUUCCUGAGACACAGUAAGGAGUCUAAUUAUGCAGAAGAACCCUGAGCCCAUGGUUGCCUUUGGAAGAUCUGUACCGAAGGGACAGACUCGGAAGAAGUUACACCGAUUUUCAGAGACAGAAAGUGGGUGUUUUUCGAGGCUUGUGGAGGGAGCAGUUCAGUCAGAUGCUGGGAGUGAAGCAAGCGUCUAGGGAGCCAAGCCGGGCCCACACUGGAGGCGGGGGCUCUGGGUGGAAGCCUGCUUCCCGCCAGCCAACCCUGAGGACCCCUCUGUUCCACACGGGACCCUGGGACCUGCUGCUGGCCUAUCUUGUUUUCCUGCCUUCCCCGAUCUAGCCAGAUCAGCGUUUCCACUGCGUGCGAGCCCGAGGUUAAUCUCCUGCAGCUUUGCCCGUCAUGCUCCCCACCCUGAAUUGGCUAUCAAAUAAAUCUGAGUUGAGUUGAAGCUCCUCCAGCCUCCCUUCUUCAGAAAGUAUCUGUUACAGGGCGCUGUGCAGACUGCUGGUGUCUGAAAAACCUGCUCACAACAGCCUCCUUUUUCCGUGCUCAACCCGCCUCCCCCCACCCGCCCCAGGGUGGCUGGGGCCUGCUGCCCUGGGUUCUUUUUGAUUUUCCUUCCAUUCUGAACUUUUUAUAGUGAUUCCAGUAGAUCUUCUUGAGCUAUGGACUCCAAAAAAAAGCCAAAGGCUCCCAGAGCCCGUGUGUCUCAGCCCUGCCCUGCACCCAGCUGCAUUCCCUCGACCUUGGUCCUCGGUGAGAGGCGCAGGACUCGGACUCCCAGCAACCGCACAGUGGCCAGGCCGGCGGGACCGGGUGCUCCACCGCUCCGGCACGCCCUGGUCGCAGGCGUGAGCGGCUUCUCGGGUACUCAGUAUCUCGGCAGCAAGAUCAGCCUCAUCACCAAGACGCAGACCCGGUACAAGGGCAUCCUGUGCACCAUUGAUGCUGACAGUUGCACCGUGGGGCUAGCGAAGGUGCGGUUCUUGGGCACUGAAGACCGACCCACAGACAGGCCUUCUCGUCCGAGAGAGGAGGUUUAUGAGUACGUCGUCUUUCGGGGCUGUGAUACCAAAGAUCUCGCUGUGUGUGAGCUUCCUGGCCUUCUGCCCACACCCCCUGAGCAUGCUGCCCUUUGGUCCUGGCCCAGCCAAGCAGAAGGAGGCGGCGGCCAGGGAGCUGCAGAGCAGGGAAUGGCUCCAGAGAACAAAACCAGCCAACUAAUGUCAAGGAAAACACAAUCAAGUUUUUAG